CUAUUAUUUUUUACCCUCUUUUUAGGUUUUAAAGAAUAUUAGACGAAAUGAAGUUAGUUAGGUUUUUGAUGAAGUUAAGUGGCGAAACUGUGACAGUCGAAAUUAAAAAUGGCUCUAUUAUUAAAGGAACUAUAACAGGCGUGGACGUUAGUAUGAAUACUCAUCUUCGGGCAGUUAAAUUUACCGCUAAGAACAAGGAUCCUAUUAGUCUAGAUACUCUUAGUGUAAGAGGGAACCACAUUCGUUAUAUUAUUCUUCCCGAUUCCCUACCUUUGGACACACUACUCAUUGACGAUACUCCUAAAAUAAAAGCAAAAAAGAAGGAAAUCGCUUUAGGAAGAGGUCGCGGAAGGGGAAGAGGCCGUGGACUUGCCCGCAGGGGAAGAGGUCGCGCUAGACCCUGAGCUGAGAAGCCACUCCUUUACUUUUGUUGCAAUCGAGAAUUUCUUGAGAAUUCUUGCAGCUCACUCAUUUUUUUAUGUUAGAACAAGAAAUUCCUUGUAUAUUUUUGUGUAAUUUU